AUAUUUUAAGGUUGGUUGAGCUGGUUGCUGUUAAAAAAUAAUUUUGGUUGAAGGGUCUGCGUUUUGCCUUUCCUUUGCUUUUUGUGACGUUCGCCGCAGGCUCGUAGACCUUUUAAAUUGCUCACAAUAAAUAAAGCACAAGAGAAGGCAGAAGAAGCCUGCUCGAAAAUUUUCGAGUAAUUUGCGUAGCUGGUUACAUGUUCUUGAUUCGUGCCAAAACCAGGGUUCUAUGAAAUUAAGGCGAACAGGUAGCUAGCUAGGCACCGAAGUUAAGGUCCUUAAUGCUCUGGCAUCUGCCUGAAAGCAUGCAGGUGUCCGACAGAGAGGCCAUGUGGGGACCCAGCGUUGGCACCCCAUGACCGUCCCUCUGUCUGCCGCUGCCCCCCGUCGAUUUAUCCCCGCUGCCUCCUGCCUCGGUUAUGCGGCCGUAGCAAACAUGACCUCUGUGCUCUGGAGCCAAGAGAAACCGGCCGGGGGCUUCCGAGAGGACUCGCGUUACUACAUGGUGGUCAAGGAAUGCACGGUGGAGAGGCCGUCGCAGAAAACACUGAAGGUUCCCCGAGGCAGCAUCGGCCAGGCCUGCCCCGAGCGCAACAGCCUGGGCCGCACCCUGCCCCCCAGCAAAGGAAAGCGGAGCCUGCGCAUCCUGGACCAGGCCAACGUGGUGCUGGGCCUGGACGAGAAGGACGUGCAGGAGCUGGACGACCAGCUGGCCGAGCUGCUGUUCCCCGUCAACAACUGCGAGGAGCGCUACAGCUUGCUGCGCAGCGAGGCACGCCUGGAGCAGGCGCGCGCCAUCGACUGCGGCUCCAAAGUGCAGGUGCAGCUGCGCUCGGGUGAUGAGCCGCUGCCUGGCGUGGUGCGAUUCCGUGGCCCGCUCAUCCCGGAGAGGGUGCUGUCCGGAGUCUGGUUCGGAGUAGAGCUGCUGGAACAGGGCCGGGGUCAGGGCUUCACGGACGGCUCGUACCAGGGCCAGCAGCUGUUCCGCUGCGAGGACGAGUGCGGCGUCUUCGUGGCCCUGGACAAGCUGGAGCUGUGGGAGGAUGAGGAGGAAGUGCCCCGAUCGCCGGACCCCCGGGAACCUGACUUCCCGAUCAACUCGCGGGUGGUGGUGCAGACCCGGGAAGGCCCCGAGUACGGCACCAUCAUCUUCUGUGGCCUGUUGCCUGGCAGCGAGAGUCUGGGAUACUAUGUGGGCGUCGACAUGGACAACCCCAUCGGCGACUGGGACGGCCUCUUCAAGGGGAAGCUGCUGUGUAACUUCGCCAGCCGGGAGCACACCCGCCUCGUCCCCAUCUGCGACGUGAUGCGAGAGUCCUCAAUGCAAAACUCGCGACACAACUUUGCAUCCAGAGGAAGUGGCAGCGACAAACCUCCGGCCUCACAGAAUAAAGGCUUAGGUCUACAGUGUGGAAACAGGAGCAAGUCUGAGUUUUAUUAUACUUUUAAUGGCAGCUCUGUCGAUCACCCCGUGCAGUCCAAAUCCAAAAGCACGUGGUAUAUUGACGAAGUUGGAGAAGACCCCGCCAAGUCCCUUACAGACACGCCAUCGGACUUCAGCCAGGCGUCCCCGCCCUCCCGAGCCACACCUACCGGCUCACUGUCCAGUGACAACAAGUUCCACUCGCUGCCCUUCUACCCGAGCAGGAAGUGCGGCCCCAACGGCGGCAUGACCAGCAGCCCCAUUUCGCUGUCCGUGCAGUCUGUGGCUGCAGAACAGCACGAGCCUGCCCCCCAGCCUGCACCCACGUCCACAACCCCCGCCCCGCCUGGCAACCAGUACGGCCUGGAGGUGGGCUCCCUGGUGGAGGUGAAGGAGAGCCCCCCUCUGUGUGGGGUUAUUCGCUGGGUGGGCCAGCCCCCGGGGCUGUCGGAGCCUCUGGCCGGCCUGGAGCUGGAGGAGGAGUGCGUGGGCUGCACAGACGGCACCUUCAAAGGCACCCGCUACUUCAGCUGUCCGCCAAAGAAGGCACUGUUCGUCAAACUCCGCUGCUGUCGGCCAGACUCGCGCUUCUCGUCGCUGCACAACCCCCCCAACCCCAUCGAGCGCUGCAAUUCCAUCGCGUUCGGGUCCUACUUGAGCGAGGUGGUGCAUGAAAACACACCUCCACGCACGGAGAACGAAGGCCUGGAGAUCAUGGUGGGCAAGAAGAAGGGCAUCCAGGGCCACUACAACUCCUGCUAUUUGGACUCCACCCUUUUCUGCCUCUUCUCAUUCAGCUCGGUUCUGGACACGGUCCUGCUGCGGCCGCGUGCCAAGACGGACGUGGAGUACUACAAGGAGACUCAGGAGCUUCUGCGCACGGAGAUCGUCAACCCGCUGCGCAUCCACGGGUAUGUGUGCGCCACCAAGGUGAUGAAGCUGAGGAGAAUUCUGGAGAAGGUGGAAGCAGCUUCUGGGUUCACGUCUGAGGAGAAAGACCCUGAGGAGUUCCUCAACAUCCUAUUCUACCAUAUACUAAGGGUUGACCCCUUACUGAAACUCAGAUCUGCAGGACAGAAAGUCCAGGACUGUUAUUUCUAUCAGAUCUUCAUGGAUAAAAAGGAGAAGGUGGGCGUUCCCACCAUCCAGCAACUCCUUGAAUGGUCCUUCAUCAAUAGUGAUCUCAAGUUCGCGGAGGCACCUUCCUGCCUUAUCAUUCAAAUGCCUCGUUUCGGAAAGGACUUCAAGAUGUUCAACAAGAUCUUCCCAUCUCUGGAGCUGGACAUCACCGAUCUGCUGGAGGACACUCCCAGGGAGUGCCGCAUCUGUGGAGGCCUGGCCUACUACGAGUGUCGUGAGUGCUACGAGGACACUGACAUCACAGCAGGCAAGAUCAAGCAGUUCUGCGAGACGUGCAACACACAGGUCCACCUGCACCCCCGGCGGAAGGCCCACCGGCACGGCCGGCUCUCAGUGCCGCGGGAGCUGCAGGAGGGCGUUCGCCGCCAGGGCAUCUUCCCCCGGCAGCGCAUGCAGCUCUUCGCCGUGCUGUGCAUCGAGACCAGCCACUACGUGGCCUUCGUCAAGUAUGGCGCCGCCGAAUCCGCCUGGCUCUUCUUCGACAGCAUGGCGGAUAGAGACGGUGGACAGAAUGGCUUCAACAUUCCCCAGGUGUCUCCAUGCCCAGAAGUGGGCGCCUACCUGAAGAUGACCCCUGAGGAGCUGCACGAGCUGGACCCCAAGAGCAUCCAGGGAUUCGCCCGCCGUCUGCUCUGUGACGCCUACAUGUGUAUGUACCAGAGCCCCACCAUGAGUCUCUACAAGUAGGCCGGGCCAGACCCAGAGCUUCUAUGGAUGGUCGGGGGGGGGGGCAGACUCGGGCCAUGGCCACUCCCUCUGCCCAAUUUCUACACCCAGGUCUACGACGAGAAAAGGGAAAGGACGAAAAACCCUGUUGCACUGUGCAUUUGUCCAAGUUUUUGUCGAUCCAUGUCUCUCCUCGUGGUGGAGAGGGGUGUGAGUGUGUGAGUGAGCGAGUGCGUGUGUGUGCUCAAGUGCACAUGUCUGUGACUUGAAGCGGAAGCCUCUUGUUGGCGUCCGACACAACAGAAGAGUGAAAAGACUCACCAUAUAAUCAGGAGUGGAGUCUCUGUCCCUGGCUUUACAUCAGGGCUUCAUGUGACUUCGUUGCUUUAAAAAAAAUAAAUAAAUAAAAAAGUGUGUGUGUGUGUGUAUAUAUGUGUAUAUAUAAUAUAUAUACGUACAUACAUGUGUUUGUGUGUGUGUGUAUGUAUGUAUGUAUAUAUAUAUGUAUGUGUGUGUAUAUAUAUAUAGAUAUAUACAUACACACACACACACACACACACAUACAUAUAUAUGUAUAUUUAUGUAUAAAUGCAAAAAAAGUGAAAAUGUAUAUAGUGGUUAAAGGAGUUGGGAAAGGUUGUGCGUGUAAAAGUUCCAUCCACUGUAACUAAAUUGUCUAAUUGAAACCAAAAUAUAUAAAUGGAAGUUUUUUUUGGAAAAGAUAAAUAGUACUUAAACUCUAUAUGAAUUGUUUUGUGUGCUGUUGCUCUGACAGUUUUGAGAAUCUGUCAUGGUUCCUGUCAUUUUGCAUGGGUCAACAUUCGGAACAAAUGUUAAUACAUAUUGCAGGGGUCAUGUACCAGGUUGUGUUCUAAUACGCUGUUCAUUUGAAACAGUUCAGGGUACCCUCUUUAAAAAAUCCAAGCUCUAUGCUUUCUCAAACAUAAAAACUUGGGAUUCAGGCCUGCUCUUGCAAAGCUGACCUAGGUGUCGAUGUGAAACGUUUGGCUAAGUUGCUUUUGUUACCAUUUAACAAGCCAUUAGCUUUUAUUUGCAACGGCUCUUAUUUGUUAUAACAUUUUCUCUCACUUAAUGCUUCCACUAGCUACAGCAGUAUCCUGCCAGUGUAUUAACAGCAUUGCAUUGUGGGAAAUAAGCAAGCUGUUCUAUGCCUUAGGAUUGGCAUGUUGUUACUCAUCCCACCAUGGCCUGGGAUACAAGCCUUCCCAUUAAAAGAAUAAAUAAAACUGAAACAGUUUUGACUCCUGGAGCAGACUGAACACUCAGUGAGUGUGAAGCAGUAUGUGGUUCUGUGGGUGUGAACCAUGCCUCUGAUCAGAAGGUCGCUGGUUUGAAUCCUAGGGUCAGCAGAGUGAUAUCACCAUGGGGCCCUUAAGCAAGGCCUAAUUCAACCACAGGCCCUGCUGUCGUGAAUCUGUUUCACGUUGGAUAAAAUUGUCUGCUAUAUAAAUUCACGCAGUACAGUAAAAUGUAAUGAUGGACAAAAUGAUGUUUCAUGAAACAUUUGCUGUAUUUUUUGACAACACUAGAUGGUGCUCUUGGUUUGCUAUGGGGCAUGCUUUGUGCUCGCUCUUGUACAAAGAGCUCCAUCUAGUGGGGUGAAAAAGUACAACAAAUGGUUCAUGAAGCAUUAUUGUCCAUCACCAGUAAAAUCAGUGGGGGACAGCCAGUAGUAGGACCCCUUUCACCAACACUGCUGUGUGUCAUUGUUCACAGGCAGCGAAUGGUAUAAUGUCCUCCCCCCCCACCCCCACCACCAUCACCACCCCCACCCCCACCACAAACUGCCUUUUCCUAAGGCACUCUGCCUGUCUAGGCCAGCGAUGGCUAUAUCACACCCAUCCCCCAUGAAGCCAGCGGAGGUGCAUAUGGACACACUGGAUAGUAGCUAUAAAGGCUUCUGAACUGGCCCCAGGGAACCACAUGUACAGGAAAGAAGCAAAUAGCUCAGUGUUACUACCACACAUCAUUCACUGCUGAUUCCAUCAAUGUUAACUAAAAUAAAAGAACCUAUUUUGAAUGAG